AUGAUAUGUGAGAAAAGUGACAUUUACCAACAACCUAUUCAAAAGUUGAAACAUGAUGAUAUCGGAUCGAGAAAGUGUGAUUGUCCUUUUAAGGAGAAUGAACUUGUUUUUGACAUGACAUUGAAUAUGGUGCCAUCCAAAAAUAUACUUGAAACGUUGAAAUGGAAAAUACUUCAAAAUGUCUCGAAUAUCAAAAAAAUAUAUGAUGUUCGUGUCGUAAACAUCAAGGCGAUAAGAGGAUCAAAAACUGAAAUAAAACAACUAUUGAAACUUGUCGGUGAUGAUCACUAUGUUUCUAGGUACAUAAUAUGUGAGGAUGGAGUUAUUAUUCGAGAUAGAUUUUGGACUCAUCGUGAUUUCAUUAAGUUAUUCAACAUAUUUCCUAAUAUAUAUGCUUAUAAUUGA